UCCACUUCGAGGACUGUGACAUCCUAUCCCAAGCAGACAGACAUGGACACCAAGAUUGUAGUAAUCACCUGUUUACUCGGCGUGGCCAGCGCCGGCGUCCUUGCCCCAGUAGCUCCCCUGCCCUUAGCUCGAGUUGACCCUUUCCCGCAAUACUCCUACGGCUACGACGUCCAGGACGCCCUGACUGGGGAUUACAAGGGCCACCAAGAGCAAAGGAAUGGAGAUCUAGUAACAGGGUCGUAUACAGUCGUCGAUCCCGACGGCACAAGGAGGAUUGUGGACUACUCUGCCGAUCCUCUCAAUGGUUUUAACGCGGUUGUUCGCCGUGAACCACUGGUCGUCGCUGCGCCCGCGAGGGUUGUAGCCCCAGCACCAGUCUUGGCCCCUGCCCCAGUUGUAGGCCCAGCCCCACUAGUUGCCCCCGCCCCCGUGUACCGCAGGGCACCAAUUUUCGCUCCAGCCCCAGCCCCACUCCUGGCCCCAAGACUACCUAGUCCUUACUUUUUGUAGGUGAAUUAUUACAAUUUUGUUGUGUUAUUUUUGUACUCAUAGGAUUUUUAUGACUGUUAUUUUUAUCAUUAAACGACUUAAAGGUUAAA